UCCUCUUGCACCAGAUGUCCCUGGAAGAGCUGAACGAGCAGCUGGAAGGAAGAGCAGAGUGAGCACUUGGCGUCAGCAUGGCCAGGUGGAGUAUGUGGCGCCGCCGGGUAACACUGCCCCGGUCCUGGAUGGAAGAGCGGGCGGCUUCAGGCGUGCAGUACAGCAGCAGCAGCACGCCGGUGAUCAGACACUCGGAAAGCGGCAGCACCGUCAAGCCUUUCGAGGAGAUUCCCGGGCUUUGGAAGAACGGUGUGGUCAACUUGUACAAUUUUUGGAAGCUGGACGGCGUCAGAAACAUGCACCACAUCAUGCUGAAGAACUUCAACACUUUCGGACCCAUUUACAGAGAAAAAAUAGGGUAUUAUGACAGUGUGAAUAUUAUCAACCCUGAGGAUGCUGCCAUCUUGUUCAAGGCAGAGGGCCACUAUCCUAAAAGGCUCAAAGUUGAAGCGUGGACGUCGUACAGAGACUACAGAAAUCGCAAAUAUGGAGUUUUACUGAAGAAUGGACAGGAAUGGAAAUCAAACCGUGUCAUUCUCAACAAAGAGGUGAUUUCCGUGAAGAUGCUGGAGAACUUUGUGCCCUUGCUGGAUGAAGUGGGCCAGGAUUUUGUUGGCCGAGUUCACAAAAAGAUAUUGCGAAGUGGCCAGAACAAAUGGACCACGGACCUCUCUCAAGAGCUCUUUAAAUACGCACUCGAAUCUGUGAGCUCCGUGCUGUACGGCGAACGUCUUGGCCUGAUGCUGGAUUAUAUCGACCCCGAAGCGCAGCACUUCAUUGACUGCAUCACCCUCAUGUUCAAGAGUACCUCGCCAAUGCUGUACAUCCCCCCCGGUCUGCUCAAGCUGGUCGGAGCCAAGGCGUGGCGGGAUCACGUGGAGGCUUGGGAUGGGAUAUUCAACCAAGCCGACCGCUGCAUCCAGAACAUCUACAGGGAGCUGCGCCACGAUUCCGGCUCAACAAAAAAGUACCCCGGGGUUUUGGCCAGCCUGCUCAUGCUGGACAAACUGUCCAUUGAGGACAUCAAGGCCAGUGUGACUGAGCUCAUGGCAGGAGGCGUAGACACGACUUCUAUAACUCUGCUGUGGACGCUGUACGAACUGGCCAAACACCCCAGCCUUCAGGAGGAGCUGAGGGCCGAAGUGGCGGCAGCCCGGGCGGCCAGUCAGGGAGACAUGUUGGAGAUCCUGAAGCGGAUUCCUCUGGUCAAAGCUGCUCUGAAGGAAACACUGAGGUUGCAUCCAGUAGCUGUGACCGUGCAAAGAUACGUUGCUGAGGACAUAGUAAUUCAGAACUACCACAUCCCAGCUGGGACUCUGGUUCAGCUUGGACUGUAUGCAAUGGGCAGAGACCCCAAGGUCUUUGUUCGCCCUGAGCAGUUUCAGCCCUCUCGUUGGCUGAGGAGCGAAACGCAGUACUUCAGGAGCCUGGGCUUCGGCUUUGGCCCCCGCCAGUGUUUGGGACGAAGGAUAGCUGAAACAGAGAUGCAAAUCUUCCUUGUCAAUAUGCUGGAAAACUUCAAAGUGGAGAAACAACGCCAUGUGGAAGCACAGAGUACCUUUGAGCUCAUUCUUGUACCCGACAGGCCAAUCACCUUGACAAUCAAACCUCUGCAAGCUAGCCAGUAAUGUCAAGAUUGAAAAGAAUUGAGGUGAAUGGUAAGUGAGGCUCGAUCCUGCAGCUUUUUUCACAGUGUAACUUGAAGAGCUGUGUGGCAAGCUCUUCAAAUUUCACUCCAACUAAAACUCCAAAAUCAAGUACUGAAGGAGAGCAAGACUUUUGGAAUAAAUCUAAAAGGUCUAUGAAACAAUUACCUCAGUAAUGUAACAAUAAAUAUAUGAUGUACUAUAUUUCCUGUGAUUGUAAUUUGAUGGAAAGAAAUGUACCUAUGUGUUCAAAAUGCUACAAAGCCACAAUGCAAUGUAGCUUAACCUGCAUGUU